AUGGAAAACGAUAAAGGUCAAUUAGUCGAAUUAUACGUCCCAAGAAAGUGUUCUGCCACCAACAGAAUCAUCAAGGCCAAGGACCAUGCUUCCGUUCAAAUCAACAUCGCUAACGUCGAUGAAGAAGGAAGAGCCAUCGCUGGUAACAACACCACCUACGCUUUAUGUGGUUACGUCAGAGGUAGAGGUGAAGCUGACGAUUCUUUAAACAGAUUAGCUCAACAAGACGGUUUAUUAAAGAACGUCUGGUCUUACUCCCGUUAA